CAACGACCUUCAUCGCUCUUGCACGUUCAACAACACAGCUGACAGACCCGCCCGCACCACCGCCCUCGCUCCCCGCAUCUCUACCAAACCCGCCACCCUUCGCUACCACACAUCGACUACCGACCACGAUCUGGUAGCGCGACGCCAACUUUAGCCCGUCAUGUCGCAGAGAGUACAGCAAGGUGGACGCCCUGGCGGUUCCAGGUUCGCACAGUUCAAGCUGGUGCUGCUUGGUGAAUCUGCUGUCGGAAAGUCGUCGCUGGUAUUGCGCUUUGUAAAGGACCAAUUCGACGACUACAGAGAAUCGACUAUCGGCGCCGCCUUCCUCACCCAGACCAUCGCCCUCGACGAGAACACAACAGUAAAGUUUGAGAUCUGGGAUACUGCCGGCCAGGAGCGCUACAAGUCGCUGGCGCCCAUGUACUACAGGAACGCAAACUGCGCUGUCGUCGUCUACGAUAUCACACAAGCGGCCUCGCUCGAUAAGGCGAAAGCAUGGGUCAAGGAGCUCCAGCGUCAGGCAAACGAGAACAUCAUCAUCGCCCUUGCUGGUAACAAGCUCGAUUUGGUUACCGAGUCCCCCGACAAGCGCGCCAUCUCCACCGCCGAUGCCGAGCAGUACGCCCGCGAAGCCGGCCUUCUUUUCUUCGAAACAUCCGCCAAGACGAGCGAGAACGUACGCGAACUCUUCACCGCCAUUGCAAAGAAGCUGCCGCUCGACCAGGCCGGCCCACGGAACCUGAGGCCCGGGCAGCAAAGACAGGGCGUCAACCUCAGGCCGGAGGCGAACCAGACACAGGGACCUGCUGGCUGCAACUGUUAGUGCGAGGUGUUGGUCAUUUGAUUUGUAGGUAUAGCGCUCGUUAUGCGACAUUCAACAAGGAGCGAUACCACGCAGUUGCUCUUUCCUCGUAUCAGUCAGUCUGAUCUUCACUUGUAGGGUACAUUUGGAACCUGGCGUUCCGGCUUUGCUAUGCGUUAAGAGAUGAGCUCCGGGGCCACCUGACAAUUUUAAUUAUAAUGAUUUCGUUGCCUCUUUCUAUGUUUGUACAGUCAAUCCCCUUGCGCCUGAAUUCCCACGCUGUUGUCAUCCGCGUUUGCAAAGCA